AUGGCCCUUCCGCCUCCUCGCGACUUGUCGCAUCACUUCUCCUACGUUACUAAGAACCGCCAGGCCAGCAGCGUCAAGGGGUUCUACAAAUACUACGCGAUUCCGGGAAUCCAUAAUCUCGCUGGUGGUCUACCACAUGUCUCGUAUUUCCCCUACGAUGCCCUCGAGGGCGUCGUGGCCCAUCCCCAUCGCUUCCAGCCUAGCAUUGCGUCAUCCCAGCACGACAAUGAGAAUGAUGGAGUUGCGACCAGCCGCACCCCGGUGGUUUCGGAACGGGUUACGGUGCCCAAGGAGAGUGGCAUAGCCAGUCCGCUGAAGGAAAUCGACCUGCUCACUGCUCUGCAAUACGGCACCGCGGAGGGAUAUCCUCCCCUCCGGUGGUUUCUUCGCGAAUUCGUUCGGAAUCAUCUCCAUCCAAAUGUUCCAUAUGCAGGGGGCCCAGAGGUAAUUCUGUCGUGCGGUGCAACGGAUGGGCUUUCCAAGGCGCUCGAGACCUUCUCCAAUGUCUGGAACCCAGAUAGGGAUUGGAUUCGCCAGCGGGAAGGUAUUCUGUGUGAAGAGUAUACAUAUAUGAAUGCCAUCCAGACCGCCAAACCCAGGGGUCUCAACAUUGUCUCCGUUGCCAUCGACAGUCAGGGCAUGCUGGCAUCCGGUAAAGGUGGAUUGGCCGAUGUUCUGGACAACUGGGACUUCCGUAAAGGUCGUCGUCCGCAUUUAUUGUAUACUAUAACGAUCGGUCAGAAUCCCACCGGUGGCAACCUCUCAGUGGAACGCAGAAAGGAAAUCUACGCCAUCUGUCAGAAAUACGACAUUGUCAUCAUUGAAGAUGACCCUUACUGGAAUCUGCAGUAUCCAUCGGCUUCCGCAAUGGAGGCCCGUUCCCGUGGCAUUGACCCCGUAGAACCGACUCUGUACUCGCGCAACUACAACGCGGGGGGGAAAUCAUCGGGGUUCGAAUACCUGGACUCUCUUGUACCGUCAUAUCUCUCUGUCGACACGGACGGUCGGGUCGUGCGCCUGGACACUUUCUCCAAGACUGUAGCUCCAGGAGCUCGUUUGGGCUGGAUAACGGCGCAGCCCGCAGUCGUUGAGAGAAUCACGCGUAUCACAGAGUCCUCGACCCAGCAGCCAUCCGGCUUCGUCCAGUCCCUGAUCGCGGCGCUCCUCAUGGGACCACAGGCGAAGGACGAGUCAAGCGCAACUAAGAAAGAAUAUACAGGUUGGCAGAUGGAAGGCUGGGUGCGCUGGCUUGAGGGGCUCCGCGGCGGUUACGAGCGACGCAUGCAGUCCAUGUGCUCUAUUCUUGAAGAGGGCAAGUAUUCUAUCCGGGACACCUCUUAUCACCCUGCUGCUGCGGCCACCGGCACUACCGACUCUUGGGAAGUCGUCGACAAAGUGCUCAUGUACGACUUCUCAUGGCCCCGAGGCGGCAUGUUUGUCUGGGUAAAGAUACAGUUGGACACACAUCCGCUAUUCGCGAAAUUCCCCCCCGAGAAACUCUCCCACGCGCUGUGGGUGCACUUGACACAGAAGCCGUACCUGUGCCUUGUCGCACCAGGCUCGAUGUUUUCUCCUACCUCCCAGUCUCUGGAGGCUAGCUGGCAGUACUUCCGACUGUGCUUUGCGCCGAUGCCGGCGGAGGAUGUUACGGACAUAUCGAAGCGGUUGGUGGAAGGAUUCCGGUCGUUCUGGCAGAAGACAGAUCUGGACGAUGUUGACGAUGAUGCGGUGGAUACGGAUGCUCUCCAGGAGCUGCGGAUAUGGUAA